CAACAAACACUUUGUUUUGGUACUGUCUCUUUAAGAGUUGUUACCCCGCCCCUGGCAUCCCGCUGCUGGUUUCGUUCUCAACAAGAUGGCGGCUGUUCCAGAGAACAGAGUCCUUUCCUACAGUGUGUUUAAAUGGAGCUCUUACUCCUCUACGUACCUACCAGAGAACAUUCUGGCGGAUAAACCUAAUGACCAAUCUUCCCGGUGGUCUUCUGAAAGCAACUACCCUCCACAAUACUUGAUUCUAAAAAUGGAAAAGCCUGCCAUUGUUCAGAGUAUUACUUUUGGAAAGUAUGAGAAAACUCACGUAUGCAACCUGAAAAAGUUUAAGGUUUUUGGAGGGAUGAGUGAGGAAAAUAUGACGGAACUAUUAUCCAGUGGCCUUAAAAAUGAUUACAACAAAGAAACAUUCACUUUGAAACAUAAAAUUGAUGAACAGAUGUUCCCAUGUCGGUUCAUUAAAAUAGUUCCACUGAUGUCCUGGGGGCCCAGUUUCAACUUCAGUAUCUGGUAUGUUGAACUUCAUGGGAUUGAUGAACCUGAUGUGGUGCAGCCGUGCCUUAACUGGUACAGCAAGUACCGUGAACAGGAAGCCAUUCGGUUGUGUCUAAAGCACUUCCGCCAGCACAACUACACUGAGGCAUUUGAGUCUCUGCAGAAGAAGACAAAGAUCGCCCUCGAACACCCGAUGCUGACUGACCUUCACGAUAAACUGGUCCUGAAGGGAGAUUUUGAUGCUUGUGAGGGACUAAUAGACAAGGCUGUGAAUGAAGGCUUAUUUAACCAGUACAUCAGCCAGCAAGAAUAUAAACCUAGAUGGAGUCAGAUUAUCCCCAAAAGUACCAAAGGUGAUGGCGAUGAUAGCAGGCCAGGAAUGAGGGGAGGGCAUCAGAUGGUGAUAGAUGUCCAGACAGAAACUGUGUAUUUGUUUGGUGGCUGGGAUGGUACGCAAGAUUUGGCCGAUUUCUGGGCAUACAGCGUUCAAGAUAAUCAAUGGCUCUGUAUAUCCAGGGAUACUGAAAAAGAGAAUGGUCCCAGUGCCAGAUCCUGCCAUAAAAUGUGCAUCGACUCCCAAAGAAGACAGAUCUACACAUUAGGGCGCUAUUUGGACUCCUCUGUGAGGAACAGCAAAUCUCUGAAAAGUGACUUCUAUCGUUAUGAUAUUGAUACCAACACAUGGACAUUACUUAGUGAAGAUACAUCAGCUGAUGUUGGACCCAAGCUUGUUUUUGAUCACCAGAUGUGCAUGGACUCUGAAAAACACAUGAUUUACACAUUUGGUGGAAGAAUAUUAACUUGCAGUGGCAAUGUGGAUGACACUCGGACUAAUGAGCCACAGUUCAGUGGACUAUAUGCCUAUCACUGUCAAUCUAAUACAUGGAAACUUCUCCGGGAAGAUUCCUGCAACGCUGGUCCUGAAGAUGUCCAGUCAAGGAUAGGACACUGUAUGCUCUUCCACACUAAAAACCGCUGCCUGUAUGUCUUUGGGGGGCAGAGAUCCAAAACAUACUUGAAUGACUUCUUUAGUUACGAUGUGGACAGUGACCAUGUAGAAAUCAUAUCAGAUGGCACAAAGAAGGACUCUGGCAUGGUCCCAAUGACAGGUUUUACUCAGAGAGCCACCAUUGACCCAGAAUUGAACGAGAUCCAUGUACUCUCUGGGCUUAGCAAGGACAAGGAUAAACGGGAAGAGAAUGUGAGGAACUCGUUUUGGAUAUAUGACAUAGCCAGAAAUAGCUGGUCAUGUGUUUACAAGAAUGAUCAGGCAGUGAAAGAAAAUGCAAAUAAAAGUCUCCUGGAGGAGGAGCCCUGCCCACGGUUUGCCCACCAGCUGGUUUAUGAUGAACUGCACAAAGUUCACUAUUUGUUUGGUGGAAAUCCUGGCAAGUCUUGCUCCCCUAAAAUGAGACUGGAUGAUUUUUGGUCAUUGAAGCUCUGCCGCCCAUCCAAGGAGUACCUCCUCAGACACUGCAAGUACCUCAUUAGGAAAUACAGGUUUGAAGAAAAAGCUCAGACAGAACCUCUAAGUGCUUUGAAGUAUUUACAAAAUGAGUUAUCUGUAACUGUGGAUCACUCAGACCCUGAAGAGACAAAAGAGUUUCAACUCCUGGCUUCCGCACUUUUCAGAUCCAGCUCAGACUUCAUACCACUGGGUUUUUCACACGUGGAUCAGACCUAUGGUCAGCGGACUCAGCUGUUUGACACUCUGGUGAAUUUCUUCCCUGACAGCAUGACUCCUCCAAAAGGCAGCCUGGUCGACCUCAUCACGCUGUAGCAGAGCAAGGAGGAAGCACCUUUUUAGUAUUUUAUUUAAUAGCGACUAGAAAUAUUUUUAUAAAGGUUCUAGUUCCAAAGUGCUGGUCAAAUGACUAUUUACCUGUUUUGGGUGGGGGGGGGGGGAGUGAGUUUGUAAUUAUAAAAUCCAACUUGAGUGGUUUUGGUCAGAAAGUGUUACCUAUGGCUUUUUAAUCAAGUGCCCCUAGUUGGUAUAAUUUAAUUUCACAGGUUUGUAGUUCAACAGUGACAGAUAUCAUAGAUAAUGUUAGAUUAAAUUAGCAAAAUCACAUUGGUCUUUCUAUUGGGACUGUCAUAGUUCAGGCCUAUAGUUGCCUGUAAUUGGUCUAAAAUGUACUGAAGUAUUAUUUACAAUAAUGAUUGCAGUGGUCAGAAUCCUUUUUAGGUUCAUUUUUUUCAUUUAUUUAUUUUUGGUUUGUUUUUUGUUAGUUUUUUUUAUUUGUUUUUGCUACCCUGCCAUACAGCACUUUUUACUUCUUUGCUAAGAUACACUGAUUGCAACUUUUUGUGUUUUUCUGCAGGUAUCUUUAAAAAUAAAGAAUACUGUAAAGUCACCUAUUGGAAUCAUAAGAUUUCAUGAAUGUCAAGACUUUUGUAAUCCUUUGGUAUGUUUGCUAUUUAAUUGAAUCUGAUAUUGUUUAAGGGCUUUUUGUACAUAGCAUUUAAAAAUAUACAUUUUUAAAAUGUCUGCAGAGAUUCAUAAAAAUACCGACCGCCUUGUCAAUUCUAUUACAUUAUGUGAUUGUAACAGGUUACUGAAAGUCAGAAUUAAUAUUUAGUGCAUUCCAAGAGUUUUAUGAAUGCUGAAUCACUAGUAGCUUAGUGAUCUGAAGAACUGAUGUACAGACACACACAAAAUGAGGUCUUGGCCCUAGUUGGUAUUUUAUAGUGAUGGUACAGUAUAUGUACCUUUUUACUGCCUACUGUAUGGGCAAACCUGAUCCUGGUUUGUAACAUUAGCCUAAAAAUUCACAAAGUAAUUUAGAAAAAAAAUGUCCACCUAAAUGUUGAAUCAAAAGAUUUUUUUUAGUGAAUUACUCAUGUCUUUUAUAUUAGCUUUUCCACCUAGCUUUUGCUUUUAAACCAAUGAAAGUUAUGCUCAGACAGACUUUAAGUCCUUUUGACCACCUUGAAAGUGCUGCAGUUAUUUAACUUACUGAUGUUGCCAAAACUAUUUUUACAGUAAAAUGACGUGAAUGUGCUUCUGAUUUUACUCUAAUGGGUUCAGGGGUCAUCUCAUGUCUUGCUUGGUGUCUGUAUUUUACAGUAUAUAUGUAAAACAAAAUUAAGAUAGAAAAAAGUAGUUGUAUCAUGAAAUUGAAAGAUUAUAGUUGUAUUUAAAAUCAUAAUUCUCCUCAAAAAUCCACCAGUUGUGAAAAAAGUAAUAACAGUAUAUAAAUAGGGUUUAUAGGUAAAUGUUGGAUUAUGUGACUAUUCUGCAUUCCUGUCCCUGCCUGUGGUUACCGAAACAACUGUGAGAGUAGGAUUAUGCAAUAUGGGUUUAUUCCUAACACUGUGUUGGUUGUAAGUGUUGUCUACAUAAGAAGAAAAAUACAAUAUCUAAUUAAGGAAAAAUCAUUAACAGAUAUUAUAUUGUUUUUUUAACCUUGCGUUGGUAAUUAGAAAGUAUUAGUCCCCAUCAGACCUCCGUCAUAAGUUUACUGCAUCCAGUCUUUGCUUGGUAACAUUUCUUUUUUUUUCACAACCUUUACUUUGGCUGGCUCAACAUGGUUUUCAACAUAGCUUGCUUUACUAAAAGUAAGAAACACUUUUUAAAUAGUUGUUCCAAUUUCCACAAAUUGGCACAUAUUUUAAUGAUUUUAGUAAUGUUUAUGGCUUCUGUUAGAUCAAUCAUGUUUGCGUGAUCUGCCAACAAGGGCUAUAUCCUUAGGAAUACCCAUAGUUUACUAAAUUUGAGAGUAGGAAAAUAAAAGUUAAAAUUACAAAAAUGUCUUGCUUUUAAAUUAUUUUAUUUUAUGCAAUAUAGCAUUUGUAAACUGAAAAAAUAGCCUUUUACAAUACUAUCUAUCUAAGAAAAAAUAAAUAUCUUGUGGGAUUAUGUCUGGUGUGCAGUUAACUGAACAGUAAAUGCAAUAUUGGAUUUUCAA